AUGCCACCACGCUUGCUAUCCAGCAAGGAAACGGUCACCAGCGGUGGAGCAUCAGACAGUGCACAACACCAGAUUCUUCCUGCUGCUAGUAGCAGAUUCUUACUGCCCACGCUGCACCUCUCACACGCAGAGCAGCCCGGCAGUUUUCAAUCCAACUGCGCUGAGGCGGCGGGUAGUGGUGCUGGUACUGGUGCAAAGCCCACUCCCCCCCGCCCCAACUUCUCAGAGCCCACUCCCCCCGCCCCAAAUUCUCAGAGCCCACUCCCCCCCGCCCCAACUUCUCAUAGCACACUUACCCGUGCUCGCACGAUGCCGCCACCCUUGCUAUUCAGCAAGGAAAACGUCGCGAGAGGGGGAGCAUCAGAUAGUACACAGCAAAGGUUCUUUCCUGCUGCAGAAAGCCUAUCUAAGCAGCGCUUCUCACUCGAGGAGCUGCCAGGAGCUUCUCACUUCAACUGGGGUGAUGUGGCAGGCAUUAGUGCUGGGACCGGUGCCUGGGCUGGUGCUGGGAGAGGGGACUGCGCUGGUGCUGCCGGUGCUGGGUGUGGUGCUGGUGGUGCUGGGAGUGGUGCUGGGAGUGGUGCUGGUGGUGGUUGGAGUGGUGCUGGUGGUAAUAGGAGUGGUGCUGGUGGUGAUAGGAGUGGUGUUGGUCGUGCUGGGAGUGGUGCUGGUGCUGGUGGUGCUAGGAGUGGUGCUGGUGGUGCUGGUGGUGCUAGGAGUGGUGCUGGGAGUGGUGCUGGUGGUGCUGGGAGUAGUGCUGAUGGUGCUAGGAGUGGUGCUGGUGGUGCUAGGAGUGGUGCUGGUGGUGCUAGGAGUGGUGCUGGUGGUGCUAGGAGUGGUGCUGGUGGUGCUAGGAGUGGUGCUGGUGGUGCUAGGAGUGGUGGUGCUGGCGGUGCUGGCAGUUGUGCUAGUGGUGCUGCGGAUGGUGCGGGGGAUGGUUCUGGGGAUGGUGCUGGGGAUGGUUCAGGGGAUGGUGCUGCGGAAAAUGCAGGGUGUUGUACUAGCAGUGGCGCCCCCUGUGCUGCCAGGAGCGGUGAUGGUUCAAUCAAUCAUUCUGACCCGCAUACGGCUUCUGGCAAGGAGGGGAACCAUGGGUCUCACACAUUGGCAGAGGAACACACAUUGGCUGACGAACAUAUGGAGGAGAAGAAGCGCAAGAGGAAGCUGUCCAACUGUGCAUCCUCACGACGAGCGCGGCAGCGGCAGCAGGACCGUCUGGCACAACUCGAGAUUGACGCUGCGAAUCUGAAGCUGGACAAUGCGAGUGCGUAUCGACGGUUGUCGGAGGCUAAUGAGCAGCUACGGCAGUUCCAAGCUCAGAAGGAGGAGUCUGAGCAAGAAGUGAGGCGGCUACGACUGGAGUUGAGCAGUAUGCUGCCGUCUGAUUGGAGGAUUCGUGAGGAUGGGAGUGUGGAGGAGCGCGAAGCAUGCAUGUCGAGUGAGCCAGGUGCUGAUCGGUAUCAAGGGGUUGGAAGUGGUGGUGGGGCUUCCUCUGACCCGUUGCCAUCCAGGGAAGUAGAGGACUCUCGAUUUUCCGGGAGGGACCGGGAGCGCGAACGGGACAGAGAGGCAGGCCGAUCCUACGAUCGUGACAGGGACAGGGAUAAGGACAGUUAUCACGAUCGGGACCGCGAAAAGGCUUCUUCGCGCGAACGGGAGAAAGAUCGCGAUAGAGGCGACGGUCGAGAUCGACCCUCGGGAUUCAGCGACCGGUACGAUUCCGCCGGCCGGAGCAGCAGUGGCGGUUACCGGGACGACAAAUACGACCGCGAUCGUGACGACCGGUAUGAUCGCGAUCGUGACGACCGGUACGGCGUGUCCGGCAGCAGGUUCGGCGGCGGCGGACCUAUGGGGAUGGGAGGCCCGCCUUUAGGUCCGCGCGGAAUGGGAGGUCCCGGAGGCCCGGGAAUGAGCGAUCGGUGCAACGCAUGCGGCGGGGUGGGGCACUGGGCGCGUGAGUGCCCGAGCAAGUUCGGCGCGCGGGGCGGGUUCGGCGGAAGGUUCGGCGACGAUGGGAUGGGGCCCAAGUGCUACGAAUGCGGACGGAGGGGACACGUGGCACGAGAGUGUCAGUUCAAGCAGGGAAACCCCGACGGCCCCAUAGAGCAGCGCUGCUACGUGUGCAACGAAGUUGGUCACAUCGCCCGCGACUGCCCUUCCAAACCACCCCUUGGCGCCCCCAUCGGAGCCAUAGGCUCGGGCCGAGCCGGGCCCGGGCCGGGAUUUCCGCCGGGGAUUGCAGCGUUUGGGGCGCCGAUAGGGACGGGGUUUCCGCCGCAGGUGGUGCGGCCGGCGGGAGACGGGUGCUAUGAGUGCGGCGAGCCGGGGCACUUCGCGCGAGAGUGCCCUACCCGGUCGCGGCGCUUUGCGGAACGGGCAGCGGCGGCGGCGGGGGCGGCGGGGAUUGCAGUGGCGGGGACGGGGGCUGAGGGGCGGCGCAUAGCUUCCAAGGCAAGUGGGAGGGCGGCAGAGGAGGCGCUUAAUAAUGAGCUGGAGACGUACAUGAAGGACAAAGCUAGGGAUGGGAGCAGUGAGGAGAGGGAGGAGGAGGGCAGGAGGCGCGGCGGGAGGGAGAAGGAUGCAGACGAGAAUGGCGAGGGGGGGAAGGAGCGGGAGGGGAGGAGGAGUGGAGGGAAGGGAGAGGGGCGGGAGGAGGAGAAGAGGGAGAAGGGGAGGGAGGGAGGGGAGGAAGAAGGGAGGAAGGAGGAGGAGGGUGAAGAGGAGGGGGGAAAAGGAGGGGAGGACAGGAAGGAGGAGUUGGCGGAGAAAGGUAGGGGGGGGAAGGAGAGGGAGGGGGGAGCGAGAGGAGCAGGUGGGUCAAGUGAUAAUGAGGGAAAAACAGCAGAGGGAGUGAAAACGGACGAGGAUAAAGGGGAAGUGGCGACUGCAGGGGGAAACAAACGCCAAAGGACGAGUGAGGGUGAGAAUACAGGUGGGAGUGUGGGAGAGGGAGGGGGCGAGGGGAUGAGCUUGGGGCUGGAUGCGAUAGCAGCGGCAGCAGAGGCUGAGGCGGCUGAGGCAGAGGCGGAGGAAAUGAUGGGCGUGUGGAUCAAGGAGGGCAUUGAUUGGUUUGGCCCCUGCACACGCUCAGGGCCGCUGGGGUUCUCGAUGCUCGACAUUAACUUGUUCCGAGCGGAGAAGGGCGGGAAUCCAGAAAUCAUUCGCGAAUCGCAACGGCGAAGAUAUGCGAAAGUGGAGCUGGUCGACGAAGUGAUUGCUCUGGAUAAAGAAUGGCGGGAAUGCCAAUUCCAGCUGGAUCAGCUACGAAAAGACUUCAAUAAGGCCAACAAGGAAGUCGCUGCCAAAAAGAUUGCGAAGCAGGAUGCGACGGAGGAGAUUGCCAAGGUAAAAUCCAUCGACGAGGCGAUCAAGGCCAAGGCGGUGGAGGUGGAGGAGAAGCGCAAGGAGGUGGACGCGCGCGUGAGGGUGAUCGGCAACCUGGUGCACGACUCCGUGCCCGUGCACGACGACGAGGACCACAACGCCGUCAUCCGCACGUGGGGCGAGCCCCGCACGGACGAGGGCGUGAAGCACAACCACGUGGAUCUCGUGCACAUGCUCGACAUCGCCGACUUGGAGCGAGGCGCGAGCACGGCGGGAGGGCGAGGGUACUACCUCAAGGGGAUGGGCGUGAUGCUGAACCAGGCGCUCAUCAGCUUCGGCCUCUCGUUCCUCGUGCAGCGGCAGUUCACGCCGCUGCACACGCCCUUCUUCAUGCGCAAGGAGGUCAUGUCGGAGUGCGCGCAGCUCGCGCAAUUCGACGAAGAGCUCUACAAGGUGUCGGGAGAGGGCGACGACAAGUACCUGAUCGCCACGUCGGAGCAGCCGCUGUGCACGUACCACCGAGGGGAAUGGCUCGACCCCAAGGCUCUUCCUCUCAGAUACGCGGGGUACUCGACGUGUUUCCGCAAGGAGGCGGGGUCGCACGGGCGGGACACGCUGGGCAUAUUCCGCAUCCACCAGUUUGAGAAGGUGGAGCAGUUCGCCAUCACCAGCCCCAACGCCACCGACUCCUGGGACAUGCACGAGCAGAUGUUGAAAAACUCGGAGGAGUUUUACCAGCAGCUGGGUCUGCCGUACCGGGUGGUGGCCAUAGUCUCAGGAGCACUCAACGACAGUGCAGCCAAGAAGUAUGACCUGGAGGCGUGGUUCCCGGCCUCCAAGACCUUCCGUGAGCUCGUCUCCUGCUCCAACUGCACCGACUACCAGGCCAGGCGGCUGGAGAUCAGAUACGGGCAGAAGAAGAUGAAUGAGACAACAAAGCACUACUGCCAUCUGCUCAACAGCACUCUCACGGCCACAGAGCGCACCAUCUGCUGCAUCCUCGAGACCUAUCAGACGGAGACAGGUGUCACCGUGCCAGAGGUGCUUCGGCCAUUUAUGAUGGGCGUGGACUUCAUCCCCUUUGUAAACGGUCCCCCUAGUGCACCGGCGGAUAAAAAAACUGCCAAAGCAGGUGGGAAAAAGGAGAAGGGAGGUGGAGGAAAGAAAGCAGAGGCCCCAGUUGCAGCGGCUGCUGUGAAGGAGACGGCGGAUAAGCUAGCAGAGGCUGCCAUUGAUGGAGAGAAAUAA